AUGUCUUUUUCUGUCUUUUUAAAUGGACACCCAAGGGGAAAAUUUAAAGGAUCAAGGGGUCUUCGCCAAGGGGAUUCCUUGUCUCCCUUAUUGUUUACUUUGGUGGUGGAUGUUUUGGGCAGAAUGAAUGAUAAGGCUAAAAGUGUCUCGACUUUUAGAGGUUUUACAGUGGGCAAUGAUAGAGUCAACAUCAGUCAUCUUCAGUUUGCAGAUGAUACAAUAUUCUUUGCUAACGAUGAGGAGUCCUUGGUUGUGCUUCUGGAUAUCCUAAACGUCUUUAGUGUUGUGUUUGGUUUAUCUAUAAAUUUGCAGAAAUGUCAGUUGUUGGGGAUUAAUCUGCAUAAGGAGUUAAGUGCUUUUCUGUCAAGAAGUGGUAGGUUGACUCUUAUUCAAUCUGUUUUGUCUUCUAUCCCAAUGUAUUACCUGUCGCUCUUUCGUAUCCCUAAGAGUGUGGUGGGGUUUAUUGAGAAAUUGAUGCGUGACUUUCUGUGGGAAGGUGCGGAUCGUUCAGGGGCUGAUCACUUGGUAUCCUGGCAAGAAGUCUGUAAAUCUCAGAGUCACGGUGGAUUGGGUAAUGGAAAUUUGUUUGUGUAUCUUCCAUCAAUUUUGGAGGACAGGAGGAUUUGGAUUCCAGACAAUAGCAGAGUUUUCAACUACAAGACUGCCUUUCAUAGUUUGAGCUAUGCUCAUUUAGGCCCGGAGGUGUCUUGGGCUAAGAGAGGAGAAGACCUUUUUAUUAUUUGUCGCCAAAUUGGUGUGUGA